CAGGGCGUAUCCGCGCUUUGGGAAUCAGGAAACACGUUCAUGCGUGUGAGAAAUCCCUCCUUCAGUUCAGUUUGACCAGUGUUGGUGGCGACCAGACGUCCGACGGCCGUUUGGCAAAAACAUCCUCCCCUCCAGACCGCUGGCUAGCUGCGGUCCCGUCCAUCCAUGGCCAAUUCAACCGCCGUUACUGUGGGUCAGACUACAAUUACUGAAAAAGGUGAAGGUGGAGCAACCGGGCCGAACCCAGACUAUACCGCCUUUGUGCUGGUGCCGGUUUUCUUCCUUCUGGGCCUGCUGGGGGUUGUGAUCUGCCAUGUGUUGAAGAGGAAGGGCUACCGAUGCACCACUGCCCAGGAUGACGAGGAGGAGUGCGUGGAAGAAGAAGACAAGGAUCCUGAGCUGGGAGGCGAGAUGAAUGACACCAUCAGUGACAACAAUGACACAGUUGGACAGAUUGUCAGAUACAUCAUGAAAAAUGAAGCAAACUCAGACGCCCUUAAAGCCAUGAUUCAUGAAAACAGCAUCGAUUCCGAUGGUCCUCCGCUCACCCCCACCUCCCCCAGCACCCCAACCCCUCCAAUGACUCCCGUAUCGCCGGGGGCACCUCCAGGAGCCGCCAAGCACACCUGCAACCACCUGCACACCAUCGGGGGCCCGGGCGGCCACAAGAACAUCUGCACCCGCUGCAGCCAGAAGAAAUGGCCGCUAAUGAGGAAGCCGUCGGCCCGGAAGGCAGAGUACCGGCGCAGUCACCAUGGAGAGGUCACGGUGCUGGCAGUGGGCAGGUUCCGGGUGACAAAGUGUGAAAAAUUAGCGAGAGAUCGGCGGACUCUGCUAAUAACGGACUCCAACGGGAGCGUCCCAACAUCACCCACAGAGACGGAGCCCAAGAGCCGAACGACAUCAGAGUCCCAACAGGAGCAGACGGAGAAAUGAUAGAAAUGACAGAAGUCCAGCUUUCCAAUGAGAGAAGAGAAGCAACAUGUGGACACUUUUAAGCCCAAAAUGAGAACAACAAACAGCAGCGCAGCAGGAAUGUAUAGAUCCAGGAGUCGUUGCUUCACUCGGAGAGAAACUUCUGAUGACGAUGGUGGUUAUUUUACAAGUAGAAGGGGGUAAGGUGUGUUUGUUGGGAAUACACACCAUUAUCCACCCCUGGAAUGGAUUUACAGCAGUGCCUUGCUCGGUGGCAUUAAAGCAGGGCACCUUCUUGAUACCAUGAUGGGAGCAAGAACCAGUGCCUCCCCUAAUGGUCCUAUUACUCAACAUGUCGAUGUGGUCCAUGAUGUAUGUACAUAUGUUUUUAUCCAUGGUAGUACGAAAGAGUUUUUGCAUGUUAUCAGUUGGUUAAUUUAUAAAACUACACCCAAGGAUGAGGUACAGCCAGUCUGAGAUGAAGGUGGAGGUCGUCAUUUCCAAACAGAAAGGAGGAACAACCUGAUAUAGCAGUCGUACUGCCAGGAAAGUAGACUGGAACAUUAGCAGAUGUGAUUAAAAACUAAAGGUGUCACAUCCUGUAAUGGCGUUAUCAUGAUGUGAAAAUGUGCCACAUGUUGUCAGGGUGAUUAAUCAUCCUCACGCUGCAUGUUUUUCUGCUAUUUUUCCAAUCUGAUAAUCUUGUUUCUUCGUGUUCUUUCAGUCUGAUCUCUAAUAAAGAAGUCGCAGUGUUCUGGGUCGAGCAACAAAUCAGCUCCAAAAUUCAAACACAGGCUGCUCUCUAAAUGUUUUAAGUUAAGUUGAAAGGAAUUGUAAUCGUUUUGAGUGAGCACAGCAAGCUCUGAACACCAUACUGACAUAUUGUUGUGAGCAGAAAAUGUCAUUUUUUACACAUUCUGCUGAAAAAGUUAAGCAUUAACUUUCAUGUGUCCAGCAUUUACUCUCCUUUUAGCUCUGCUUUGGUCUCCACCAACUUCUGAAGGAAGUGCUCGGCUCUUUACCUGAUAAAUAUUUCGUAUAGCACUUUUAAAGAAAAAAGCUGCCUGCUGUGUCCAAAAUGAGACUCUGAGAACGAAAAGAGUGAAUCAAAAUGAAAACAUUAAAGUUCCAGAGCUGAGAAGAAGCAGAAAGUUGGCUGGAAUAACAGGUAUUUUGUACCAGGGGAGGGAUAGUAUUGUAUUAGUAGUGCCACUAAAUCACAUUUAGAAACAUUAAGGGAAACAUUCUGACCUCAUAAACCUCUUUUUUUUUUUUUUUGCUCAUUAUCUGAGGCUCUUUGUGUUCAUCCACUAAAGCCACAUGAAGCUGCCUAUUUUAAUUAAUCAUGGAUUUAUCAUAUUUUAGCAUGAGCUGCCUUUAUAUUCAUCAUCAUUGUGCAAAGUCGUCAGGAGCAGAUACUGUACAAAUGAUUUAAUCCAUUAUGGAUUAUGUUAUCUAUCAUUUGAUCCACCAGGAUGUAAAGCCUUAUUAUUUUCUAAUGAGAUGUGUGUUUCUGAGUGGCCAGAUGGUAGGCACUGUCAUUUGCAAAGUGUUUACAGCAUAAAGAAUCAUUCGUUGUGGCAUGCAAGGCACUGAGUGGAUCAAAAAUAAGGGUUUUGGUCUGUAUGUUACCUCCAGGAAUAUGUGUGUGUGUGCGUGUGUGUGCCGACAUUAAAAUAUUUCUGUAUUUCCACCAUUAAGGGACGCUAAACUCCAGUAUUUUUUUGGCCAUGCUAGCUUAAAAUUCAGGAAAUGGGCCAAAAGCCUGUAUUGGUUUGACAUGAAUCAUCAGUUUAAGCUUUUCUUUGAGUCUGACCAAAAUUAAAACUGUAAUAGAUGAAUUGCAAGUAAGCUGUUAUUUGUUUUGCUGAAUUUAUUCAUUUAUUUUUUUCAACAGAGGAGGCGAUUGUAAAGUUAGUGAAGCCCAAAGGCACCAUCACAACAAUUAUAAGAAGAUACAGGUUGAAAAGCACCGUCAUUUUCACCAGAUGUGAUGUCUUUUCGGCACUGUUCAAAAGUUUGGGGUCCCCCAGACUAUUUCAUGUUUUUCAUGAAAACUCACACUUUUAUCCAUGUGCUAACAUAACAGCACAAGGGUUUUCUAAUCAUCAAUUAGCCUUUCAACACCAUUAGCUAACACAAUGUAGCAUUAGAACACAGGAGUGAUGGUUGCUGGAAAUGUUCCUCUGUACCCCUAUGUAGAUAUUCCAUUAAAAAUUUCCAGCUAGAAUAGUCGUUUACCACAUUAAAAAUGUCUAGACUGUAUUUCUGAUUCAUUUAGUGUUAUCUUCAUUGAAAAAAAAAGUUUUUCUUUCAAUUGUAAGGGCAUUUCUAAGUGACCCCAAACCUUUGAGCAGUAGUGUGUAUACUGUUCCCACCCUGAAUACACAAAAGUGCUGCAAGAUGAUUAGUUAAACCACUGAAGGUUAGCAAAAACAAGAAUUUCAGGUUUUAAUCUGCUACUUUUUAAGCCCUAUCCACACAGGACUAGCAUCACCUGGGGGCCUCUAGUAAUAAUGGAGUUUGUCUGUGAUCUUAAUCCAGCACUAAUCUGCCGUGUCCCCAAUAUGUAAAGCAUAUUUUGCACAGCGCAGAGGUCAUGUGAUAAUAUUAGUCCUGUGCAAGCAAAUUGGCAUCUUUUUUUUUUCUUCUCCACACCUGUCUUCUGCUUCUUUCCUGCUCAGUAAUUAUAGAGUCUGCGUUGGCAUUUAUUAGGAACAUUUGGACAUCAUUUUAGGUGCAGAUUCAGGAGGCUCGUCACAUCACAGCAUGGGGACUUAUUCACAGAAAGCUCAAAUCCAUCAGGACGGGCCCAGUUGGUAUUAUGUGGCAGCCUGUUAUCAUAUCCUCGGAUAAUGUUAGUAAAUUUGAGUAAAACACAGACUUCACUGUGCGAGUGUGCUGCAUGAAACCCAGAUGUGGGUGGGUAGUUUUUAAAAUGCAUGAGUUCCUAAGAUAAUACUAGUCCCAUGUGAAUAGGGCUAUGAGUUCAUUCUUGUUUUAAAAGUUUGUGUGCAAAACAGUAAAAACAAGAAAAGCACUCAGAGAGCGCAGUACUCCUCCAAGGCUGCUCAGGUGUAUGAUUUUGGAUGAAUGGAUGAAAUCUUGAAAAAAAAUUGUGGUAGAAAUCACAGCACCAUAGAAUGUGGCCAUUUAAUAUAGAUGGCCCCUCAAACAAAAUGACCUUGCACAGAACACAGGCUUGUGUUAAGCAUGUGUACGUUAUGUACGGAUACCGAAUCACGUGACCUAAAUAUGUAGUGGGAGGCAGGAAUUGCUGUGACUCGGAAACACCCCCACAAUUUAAUCAGCUGUUCCUUGUAUCAUUUCCGACGGAUAAGUCCCGAUAAGUCAGCAGCGGUCGUUUUGUAGUAGGAUCGCAAUCGUGAUCGUCAGCAGGCAGCUGAGUUACAGUGGCGCCGUGUCGCUAUCUGGCAAUGAUACAGAAACUUUUAACAAAUCCGUGGAUCCAGACUAUAAGCCGCAUCACUGCCAAAAUUUAUUAAGUUGGUCCUUGUGUCAUUUCUGACCUUCCCUGAAAAUUUCAUCCAGAGCCGUUAAUCUGUUUCUGAGUAACGUUGAUCACGGACGGACAGACAGACAAACCAAUGCCCAUCGUCACAUAACGACAGUAAUGACGAAUAAGUUUAAGCUUCAGCACCGACUUUUUCUACAGCCCUCAAGUCAUUUUUUAAAAUGCUAAUUCACACCAAAAAUUAAUGAAUCAAUCAAUUUAGCCCAAAUUUAGCAAUACUUGCACAAAAGGAAGACAGAACGAGGGACACCAAAGCAAGUUUAACCUCCUUUUUAAAUGAAGGGGAACUCUACUAAUCUUAAUAGUCUGACUAAUAGUCAUGAUUCAACCUAAAUACUAUAUGUGUGUCUGAGGAAAAUAACCCUCAUUGUGAGGAGCCCGUUUUAGGAGCUUGAAACAUACUUAAAGCUAAAAGUGUCACUUUGAUGCUAAACUACCAGAGUAGCCCUUUAAAGACCCUUGAGAGGUAAGACUUCAAUCAGACGUCUUUAUUUUUUGCCUUUUUUGGAUAUUUUGGGGUUUUCUUUUCACCUUUGUAUCUGUGAAUGUCUUUCCAUUGUGCAUAAUUUAAAGAAAAAAACUGCACACUUUUUAAAAAUUUCGUAUUGUAUGACUGCAUUUUUAUUGUAUAGUGGAAAUAAAUAAAAUGACUAACACACGGUU